GCAUGGCUUACCAAAUCCUUGGAGUUAUACAAUGAUCCCGGGUAUCUGAUUUACGGACUCGGGGUUUACCAUCAAUUACAUUGUCUUAAUCGACUUCGGAAAUCAUUUUAUCCGGAUGUUUUCUAUCCAAAUAUGUCUAUGGAGCAGGUUGAAAUACAUAAAAAUCAUUGCUUCGAUGCCAUUCGUCAGGCUCUUUUAUGUCAUGGUGACAUCUCGUUGGUGUACUGGUGGGAUCCCAACUUCACAUAUAUUGACGAUGACGGCACAGAGCGGUAUACGGAGGACUACCUACGAAAGACUCCUAAGGAGCGACAGGCGGGACUACAUGCUUCAUGGAGCUCUGAAGUACAGUGUCGGGAUAUGGAUGCAAUUAACACCUGGGUCAAGGAACGUAUGGUUGAUCCUGAAAAAUAUGGAGGUAGGGAUGGUGAUUGA